UGUAUACAAGUUUUGGGGUUUGUGGCCAAUAUCAUCUUCUCGGGGGACUCUCUCUCUCUCUCUCUCUCUCUCUCUCUCUGCUUUGCGCUGCUCUUUUAGGCUCACAUAGGAAAGAGAGAUGGCGAAUUCCAUUUCAUCAAUAUCUCUGCCGCGAUCUUUCGUCUUCAACAAUGGUUGUCAGAAAUCAAGGCCAUGGCCGAGCUCGAGCAGUCUCAUCCUCAACAACUCAUCAAAUCAUCACACACUACUCUCUCUUUCUUCUUCGCCGGCCUCCGUCGUAGAAACUGGUGGUGACAACGACGACGGCGACCUCACUUUCAGUGGUUGCAGAGUGUGUGGGAAAGAGGAGAAAGAGAGUGGCUGUAACGGUGACGGACGGAUUCAAGGUGGCAUUGCAACUUUCCCUGGUUUCGGUUGGUGGCCCAUUAAGGCUUACCGGCCUUGUCCCGCGUUUGUCGAGUCCGGAGGUAGAUACCGCCGCUUAGGACAGAGCAUGGACGAGGUUGCAUUUGGUCGUGGUGGUGGUGACUCUAAAUCCGACACCACUGAUCCGCCACCGAUUAGUAAAAAAAAGCCAACAAGUUCUUCUACCAAGUUCAACAAGUGAGAUACAUCAUCAUAUUUCUCCAAAAAAAAAAAAAAAAACGUUUUUUUGUUGGAAUAUGUGUAAUAGUACAUUCGUUGGGCCUAAACAUAUUAUCGGCCCAUUUAUAAUCUGACGGCCCAGUAGUUAAAAACCCCCUUUAAAACGUUAAUGAGAGGAUUCUUCUCAUUCU